AUAAGCGCAGAAAAAAAUUUACUUUCGGCUAUGGCAGAGUCGGAAUUUUGAAUACAAUAAGCCGCAGACAGACAGGAGAAAGGAUCUGUUAAAAUUAAAGCUAAGAAACUUGAGGAAGGCAGCCAACCGGAAAGCUACAUGGAAGACUCGCAUGCCCAUUGAUUUUUCGCUACGGACGCUAAAUUGCUUUGCUGUAACAAAAAAGGAGUAAAUAUUGGUGCUGUAAUCAGUGCUGGAAUUUAGCCAGCAGCUAAUAAAAUUCUCACAAUGAGCGGCGACGAAAGCGGAGAAGUGGAUAAACACAUUCUAAAUUUGUCAAAGCAGAAACUGAAAAAGGUUCCCAAGCAGGACGAUGCGCACAGUGUCCGCCAGCUCAUCCUGGAUGAGAAUGAACUGCAAAAGAUCGACAACAUAGACUCGUACCUUAAGGUUGAAUCGCUCUCCCUGGCCAAAAAUCAAUUGCUGCGCAUGUAUGGCGUUUGUCGGCUGCACUGCCUCCGGGAACUCAAUCUAUCCUUCAAUGGCAUACUCUCCAUCGACGGUUUGAAGGAGUGCAUUCACCUGCGCGUUUUAAAUUUGGAGGGAAACACCAUCAAAACUAUCGAACACCUUAACACGAAUGUGAAUUUGGAAAUCUUGAAUUUGUCGGAGAACAGCAUUGGAAGCAUCUCAGAUAUAUCCUAUUUGCGUAAUCUUAAGGAACUAUAUUUGCAUGGAAAUCGGCUGACGCAUCUUAAGCAGUGCGACAAGUAUCUGCCCUCAUCCUUGGAAACCCUCACCUUGGCCAGAAAUCAAAUCAAUGACCUCAACGAAAUCUGCACGCUCUCCCACUUGAACAAUCUGCUAAGCAUAUCCAUUUCAGGGAAUCCGUGUGUCAACAUGAGCAACAGCUUGGAGGGCUUUGACUAUAGACCGUUUGUGUUAAACUGGUGCAUGAGCUUGAAAUACAUUGAUGGCUAUGUUGUGGAUCCAAUCGAGAGUCUCAAGGCGGAAUGGCUUUACAGUCAAGGUAGAGGCCGUCAGUUUCGUGUGGGGGAUCAGCACGCUCUGGCCAAGUAUCUCAGCUCCAUGUGCCCACUGGUGGGCAAGGCCCUGGAAAACGAAAACGAUCGAAAACUACGCUUAAUACUAAGCAAGGCCCAACACCACCAACGUCAAUUGCAGGAAGAGAUUUUGGAUAAUGUGAAUAGCUCCGCCAGCACUUCGCCCUCGUCCCAUCGGAAAAAGCCUACGAGCCGAAUCCAGUCGCCUAGAUUUUCCCGUUUGAGUGGUCGCCAAGGAUCGCCUGAAUCAAUGGUAAAUAGCUAUCAUGGGAACAGUAGCUGCAACAACAGCGUUGUGAGCGACAAUGGCUCUGCAAACAAUUCCCUACAAAUGAGCAUUUCGUUAAUCGAGAAUAUAAGAAACGAAGGCGAAGCAUAUUCGCUGGCCGGCAGUGGAAUGUCUAGCAGUGUGACCACCAAAACAUACAACUCUACAGAGUCAACGCCCAGGAAUAUAACCCCAAAUCCAUACAAUGAUCAAACAUUUAUUGGUCAAAUUCCCACUGGUGGUCCCUUGGCUGCUGCCUCGAAAAUGGUUCCCGUUCCGGAAACGCUUAUGAGUCCGGAUGUCUGUCCCGUCGCAGUAGCCCAGAAGAUGACUGUCAGUGCUAUCAACUCACAACUCCACAAAUCCAAAAUCAAUAAGAACAAAGAUAACAAAUUAAACUUGCCGCGGGUGCGAAGUCCACAACUGAAAAGGAACCAAAGUCCGACGAGUAGUCCCCGGAAAUCAACUGGCAAAAUGAGUGGCGACAAAAUGCAGCAGGAAAAAAUAAAUUCAUCCGCAGUAAUGGUGGAUGCCGGGGGCUUCAGUACUGAUGACGACGGAGACCAGAUUAACAUCGAGAAACUAAAAACUAUCCGCAAGAUGGCCGCCCAGAAGCAGCAGGAACAACAGCAGCUAGAGAUUAAGCAGCAGCAGCAGCAGCUGGACAACAGCAACGACACCACCCAGACCUGUGCUGAUCGCUUAAUUGAACAUGUUACCGAGUCCUCGGCGGUAACCAUUCAAAAGAUGUGGCGUGGAUAUCAAACCCGCAAGAAGACCAACCAGGAUAUAGCUGAGCGCUUGCAUCAUCGUCGCACUCAGGAAUAUAUUGAGCAACUUAGCAAGGACAUGGUACUCACCAAGGCACAGCUCGAGAACGAGCGCAAAAUUCAGCAACUGCAGAUGCAGGCCAUCAAUGCGUUGUGGAAAAAGGUAUCCACCAUGCAAGUGGACCCCAGGGGUGCACCUCCAGCCGUGGACCAGGUGGAGGAUGCCAUUGCCGGCUCUGGCAACGUUAGCCUUGAUCAGAACUCGGCCUCGGUGGUUAAUGAUCUGGCCAAGCGAUGCACCUUGCUGACAGAUCAGGUUCAAUCACUGCAGAGUUCGAUUGGAACCAUUGUCAACUGUCUGACAAUGGUGUGCAACCUACCGCAGGAUGCAAUUAAAAAGCAGGCGGAGAUCAUCGACUGCAGCUCCACACAGACGGACUUGAUUGCCGUUCACACUCCUCAGAUCGAGGAUCUUACCAAUUUUCCUUUCACCAAAGCUAGACCCUCAACCUUGGCCCUGGAGUCCAAGCACGAAAUGAUCGCCUCAUCGAAAAUAGAGGAACUGAACGAUGGGGAACUCAAAGAGAACGAUCAGGCUGUUCAUCUCGAAAACGAGGCAUAAAUGAGGAGUAAACGCUAUAACUAAUCGUGUAGGCUUUUAUGUAGCUUUUACAACAAUUUUCAGCUGCAGCAGGAUUCAUUUAAUUAGUGGUCACCAAAAACAAAAUUUUUUGUUAUAUUUUGAAUUGUAGUAAAGGUAUAAAACCAAUGGUUAACUAAAUACAAAGCGCAAUUUUUUUGUAACGCA